AUGGUAGUGUUCACGUGUAAUCAUUGCGGUGAAAGUCUGCACAAACCUAAAGUAGAAAAACAUUAUGCAUUCGUUUGUAGAAGAGUUAAAUUCCUCACAUGUGUUGAUUGCUUCAAAGAUUUUAGAGAGGAAGAGUACGCUUCACAUACGAAGUGCUUAACGGAAGAACAGCGAUAUUCAGCCAAAGGAACCGUUCCGAAUGGGGUGGUCAAAAAAGGCGAGUUGAAGCAGGAGUCCUGGGUCGAUAUGAUAAAGUCUAUUAUCGAAAAAGAAACUAAUUUGAGACCUUCUCAAAGAAAUUUAUUACAAACCAUUUCUAAUUAUGAUAACACUCCUAGAAAGAAACCAAAGUUCUUUAAUUUCAUCAAGAGUUGCUUAGGAGGAAGAGUAAAUAUGAAAGACGUUGAGGAAUGCUGGAAUAUCAUAGAAAAAUAUAAAAUUAGUAAUGCUCAAAAAACAACUAAUGGAUCAUCGGAUAAUACACAGAAACAGAAUACAACCAACGGUUCAUCAGAACCACCAAGCGUAAAAGAAGAGUCUACUAAAAAAAGAAAAAGUAAUGAUAUUGCUGAAGAACCCAUUAAAAAGAAGAAGAAACAUUCAACUAAAGAAAACGACUCGACUGAUAUUGUAGUGGAAACAACUGAUGUGACUCAAACUGAAGAAGUUCAGAAAUUUGAUUUCAAUUCAAAGAUACUUUCCAUAUUGGAAAACAAAGGGACGGUGUCCCUAAAAAAGCUGGAGAAGAAGGUUGUUAAUGCUUAUCUCAAACAUAAAGGACUAACAGAAGCAACUCCCAAAAUUACAAAAAAAUUUAACAAAAAACUGAAAAAUAUCCAAAAUAUUGAAAUUGUAGGCGAAAAUGCAACGUUAAAAUAA